AGACCGGAGAACUGAAGAACACGAGUGCGCAUGCGUGUGGAGGAGUUUUUGCUGGCAGCUGCUGCUGUUGUUACGGUGAAGUGCUGAUGAUGAUGUGGAGGAAAUAACGGCGUGCUGACCAUCAGCUCUGGGACGGAAUGGCAGGAUAACACCUGUUAAGAUGAUUCAGCUUUGGCGGCGAGACAUCCCCCUGUCGGAGAGGCUGGGGAACAGCUCUCCAGCCGGCCUCCCUCCAGGGUCCCCCGUCAGCAUGGCCCCACCGGGACCCAACUCCUCCUCGGUACCAGAAACCCCGGUGGUCACGCCAGACGAGCCCUUCUUCCUCAUGACCUCCACCGCACAAACUAUAUCGGGUUUCUUUGUCUGGACGGCUCUUCUGAUCACAUGUCACCAGAUCUACAUGCACCUGCGCUACUACAGCUCCCCCAACGAACAGCGGCACAUCGUCCGGAUCCUCUUCAUAGUCCCCAUCUACGCCUUCGACUCCUGGCUCAGCCUCCUUUUCUUCACCAACGAGGAGUACUAUGUGUACUUUGACACAGUGCGAGACUGCUAUGAAGCCUUUGUCAUCUACAACUUCUUGAGCCUGUGUUACGAGUAUCUCGGAGGAGAGAGCGCCAUCAUGGCUGAGAUCAGAGGGAAACCUAUAGAGUCCAGCUGUGUGUAUGGAACCUGCUGCCUGUGGGGGAGGACCUAUUCCAUUGGUUUCCUUCGCUUUUGCAAACAGGCCACUCUCCAGUUCUGUGUGGUCAAACCCCUGAUGGCAGUGAUCACCGUCAUUCUUCAGGCCUUUGGCAAAUACAAAGACGGAGACUUCAACGUGGCCAGCGGAUACUUGUACGUCACCAUCAUCUACAACAUCUCUGUGAGCCUGUCGCUCUACGCCCUCUUCCUCUUCUACUUCGCCACGCGUGAGCUGCUGGUCCCGUACAACCCCGUGCUCAAGUUCUUCAUGGUCAAGUCUGUGAUCUUUCUGUCCUUCUGGCAGGGGAUGCUGCUGGCCAUCCUGGAGAAGUGCGGUGCCAUUCCUCAGAUCAGCUCUGCAGACGUGUCUGUGGGCGAGGGCACGGUGGCUGCUGGUUACCAGAACUUCAUCAUCUGCAUCGAGAUGUUCUUUGCUGCUGUGGCCUUGCGUCAUGCCUUCACCUACAGGGUCUACAUGGAUAAACGGCUGGACUCCUACGGCUCCUUUCCUAUCUAUGGACAGUACGGUCGUUGUGCCCCAAUGAAGAGCAUCUCCAGCAGCUUGAAGGAGACCAUGAAUCCAGGAGACAUGGUCCAGGAUGCCAUCCAUAACUUCUCCCCAGCCUAUCAGCAGUACACACAGCAGUCCACACUGGACCGCAGUGGGGGACCACCGCUGUCCCGCAGCCACAGCAACCUUAGCGCCCGUGGGGACAAUGAAAAGACUCUGCUACUCAGCUCUGACGAUGAAUUCUAGUCACACAGUGAGAGCUUCACUUACAUGCACCUCCUGCAGCCAAUAUACAUUUAAGCAGCUAUAGGAGACAGAUGAGAGCUUUCUUUCCAAGCCUAAAAUUUAGGUAGUUAUGUUUAAGACUCCAGGAAGAGGAAGAGAGAAAAUCUGGAAGAUAGGAAAUAUGAGGACAAAAGAGAACAGAGAUAUAUUUAGAACUAAGGUUAGGUAGAAGCUAGUCAUAAUGGUCAUUACUGACAGAAAUACAAUAUGUGUUCAUCUGCUGAAUAUGAGUGAGCACAAACGGCCGUGCCUGCACAUACAUACAUACAUCCCUAUGCUGCUUCAAGAAAAAGUGCCAUCUUCAUCUGAAACAAAUGGCCUCUAUUUUCUACGUUUGUUCUUGUUUAGAUGCUUAAUGCGUCUCCUUCUCACUCUUUUGCCAGCUCUGCCUGGAAUUGAUAUAUUGCCAAUCAGAUGGAGCUGCACCUCAUGAAACACUGUGCUGAGACGUUUUACUGACAGCAAAACUAAGGAAUCCUGAGAAUCCAGGACUUUGUUUUAAUAUAUACAAAUUUAGUCACAAAUAAUCGUUUAUUUAUAUGUUGUAAGACCUUGAAGUUCUAGGUCAUUUCUCUAAAUUGUUAUAAAUAUUUACUAUAUGUUUUGUUGUGGUUUCAUAUGAAGUGAACCAAAAGUGUAAUAGGGUGUUUUUGUCUGUUGGCCCAACUUAGGCUCCUUGAGCUGCGCUGAUGUUUGUACAGGAAACAGCUGCAGGGAAGAUUUUAUUGUGAGCCAGGCAGUGUACAGAAGGAGAACACCCACCCAGAUUACAGACCAGACAGUACAGUACUUCCUGUAGGAACGGCCCAGAUGUGAUGUGUUGGGACUAUAAUCCCAUAAUAUGAUGGAGCGCAGCCGUAAAAAAGAUGAGAAUAUGUUUUGGACGGGUUGCUGCCUUUAAAUGUGCUUCUAGCAUUUUCUGUUUACCAUACAGAUUUUUUUUACAUUUUACAGGUAAACACAAGCCUGUUGUUAACGGUAUGAUCUCUGAAUGAUAAUUUAGUACAGGUAAAACUUUAACUGUGUACACUCAAGUUCAAACACAAGCACUCUGUUAACAUGAAAGUGUGGAGUCCACAACCAAAGGAUGCGACGGAUGGUUUGCAGCUGUUGGUAAAGUUUAGAAGCUUCUGUCAGUGCUCUAUGGUUCUGCUGCUUCCGCUAAAGUGAAUAUAUUCUAGUAAAUAUUAAUUUAGUGGUGAACUCUCUGCCUUGUAUUUACCACUAGGCAACACUACUAGAAAAGUUAUAGUUUUAUACAGUGAGACCUAAAACCCAAAAGGAAGGAAUGUUGUAAAUAGUUAAACUAAACGCUGGUGACUCUGACUGUGAUGUCAUUGCUUGAGAUAUUGCUUUGUUUUAAAAUGUUUUGUAUUUUACUGUUUUCAUAUAUUCUCCUGUUUUAUCCCCGUUUCAUACACUUUAAUUUGUAUAUUGGUAAUAUUAUUUCAUGUUUUGGGGCUUUCUUGGUUUCUGUUGGUGUUGAAGAGGUAAUAAAAGAAAAAAAAAAGCUGCUUCUGUCUGUCAUCAAAUAUAUUACAGUUCCAGCUACUAGUUACUGCCUUUCCUCAUCACCGAUUAUGCCCUUUAUUAGUCUUUUCAAUUUCUGAAACACCGGAGGUUUUUAUCCUAUCAGGUUCAGGGGGCGGGACUUUCAAAGCAGCCAGCCAAUCACAGUAGCGAACAAUUACCGGCUAGCUAAAAACAACAACAUUCCCCCAUGUUAUUGUUGGAGUUAAUGGAUUGAAGCCUUCGUAGAUUAUUGAGGUUCUAUGAGAUAUUUGACUUCAUGUUAAAUCGUAAAAGAAUUAUUUUUGUAUUCUGCCUAGUUUUUUUGUUUACGUUAGUAUUGUUAUUUGAGUAUUAACGGUAAAGCACUUAACGCUAACAGUGGUUUUGAACUAAGGCCUCACGAAAAGCAAAAGCUAACGGUACCUGGGCUAUAGAACCAAACCAAGGCUAACGGUACCUGGGCUAUAGAACCAAACCAAAGGCUAACGGUACCUGGGCUAUAGCACCAAACCAAGGCUAACGGUACCUGGGCUAUAGCACCAAACCAAGGCUAACGGUACCUGGGCUAUAGAACCAAACCAAGGCUAACGGUACCUGGGCUAUAGCACCAAACCAAAGGCUAACGGUACCUGGGCUAUAGCACCAAACCAAGGCUAACGGUACCUGGGCUAUAGAACCAAACCAAGGCUAACGGUACCUGGGCUAUAGCACCAAACCAAGGCUAACGGUACCUGGGCUAUAGCACCAAACCAAGGCUAACGGUACCUGGGCUAUAGAACCAAACCAAGGCUAACGGUACCUGGGCUAUAGCACCAAACCAAGGCUAACGGUACCUGGGCUAUAGCACCAAACCAAGGCUAACGGUACCUGGGCUAUAGAACCAAACCAAGGCUAACGGUACCUGGGCUAUAGCACCAAACCAAGCAUAACGGUACCUGGGCUAUAGAAAAACAAAGGCUAACGGUACUUGGGCUAUAGCACCAAACCAAGGCUAACGGUACCUGGGCUAUAG